AUGGUGGCAGGUCUUUUUGUUGCCCUCUUGGGACUUUCAACUCCCCUAGUAUCAGCUCUUGGCCCAGGCAUUGAGCUCACCUACUCCUUGAGCCGCGCGACUCAGGGUAUCAGCAUCUCAUCCGACGGCCGCAAGUUUCUCUCACAGCGCUACUCCACGAGCGACCCUCCGCAGGCUGUCGAGCUGCUUAACGACAACUCGACGAGACUCUAUCCGAAUGCUGCGUGGAACUCUUACAACUCCAGCAACCUGAACUCGAACCCUCGACAGACCUUUGUCAGUAUCGACGGUGCGCGCAUUGGACCUGAUGGAAGAUACUGGCUGGUUGAUGGUGGAUCGCAGGGGGUUAAUGGUUCUUCCAAACUGGUUGGGGUGAACCUGACGACCGACGCCGUUGAUAAGCUUUAUUACCUGGAUAGCAUCAUUGCGUCAAGCAGCAGCAUUGAUGAUGUGCGAUUCAAUCCGGCUGGUGAUGUCGCCUAUCUCAGUGACACGGCUGGCGCGCUGUUGGUGCUGAACAUGACCACAGGCCAUGGCAAGCGCGUGCUUGCUAAUGACGACUCAGCCACGGCCUGGUACCCCAUGAUGUACAACGGCACGCUGGUCCCCGGAUACAGUCCCUCAGGCAGCACCCUUCAAGUUGGUCUGGACCAGAUCGGAGUCUCCCCCGAUGGCAACUACUUGUACUAUCAACCCUGCAACGGUGGUCUCUACCGCGUCAAAACAGCCUAUGUCGACGCAACACUGACAAACGCCACCCUGGCAACGACUCUUGGAGACUACGCUGAGCCCUUCGCCCUGACUCCCAGUACUGGCGGUACCACGAUCGACGCAAACGGUAACAUCUAUGUUAGCGACACCAACUUGCUCGCCAUCUGGAAUGUCACCCUUGAGGGUCGCGCAACGAUUCUCGUUCAGGACGAUGAUUUGCUCUGGACUGAUUUUAUGUGGAUUACGGCUGACAAGAAGCUUUGGCUUCCUGCGUCCCAGAUGCGUCCUGGUGCGAAUGGCCUUAUGGCAAAGGGUCCUAACUAUGUCUUCACCUAUCCUAUCGAAGCAGGCCCUUCGCCUAUUGAUCAUGCCUAG